AUGUACGUUGUCGCCGUCACAAUAGAAGAGUACGGCGUAUACACCAUGCUGCCGGCGCAGCAGCUGGCGCCGAUCGCGCCGUGGCCGCCGGAUGGGAACCUGCUCGAUCGCAUGGAUGACCUCGCACACAAAGACGUGAUUAAUUGGAGUAAGCAGGCUUAUGGUGCGGCAGGUCACAGCGGUGUUAACCAGCUCGGCGGGGUGUUUGUAGGAGGCAGGCCGCUGCCGGACUCCACGCGGCAGAAGAUUGUGGAGCUGGCCCACUCCGGCGCGAGACCCUGUGACAUCAGCCGCAUCCUGCAGGUGUCCAACGGAUGCGUGUCCAAGAUACUCGGCAGGUCAGUUGCUGCGUACGUCUCGACAGUCGACACACAUUCUGCUCCCUGCACUCGGGGUGUAACCCUGCGACAUCAGCCGCAUGCUGCAGGUGUCCAACGGAUACGUGUCCUAGAUAUUUGGCAGCCCUGCAACAUCAGUCGCAUCCUGCAGGUGUCCAACGGAUGCGUGUCCAAGAUAUUUGGCAGGUACUACGAGACGGGGUCCAUCAGGCCGCGAGCGAUAGGCGGAUCCAAGCCUCGGGUGGCCACGGCGGAAGUGGUCAGCAAGAUCGCCCAGUACAAGCGCGAGUGCCCCUCCAUCUUCGCGUGGGAGAUCAGGGACCGCCUGCUCAGCGAAGGGGUUUGCACCUCCGACAACAUUCCCAGUGUAUCCUCAAUAAACCGAGUGCUCCGCAACCUGGCAGCUCAGAAGGAGAAGUCGAACAACCAGCAGCCCACGUCAGAAUGUUCCACGCCGGUUUACGAGCGGCUGAGGCUGCUUGGGGCCCCCGGGUCCGCCCCGACCUGGCCCCGGGCGCCGUGGCCCGCCCAGAUCGAUGCUAGGACCCCACCCUACCAACUCCAUAGCUUGAGUCCAGGCCCGCAGGCUAUAGGCUGCAACGGCGGAGACAUGACUGGGAUGAAGAAAGAACUUCAACGAGCGGGAUUUUCUAUACAAGUGAUCUCCUCCAGACAACCCUUGAAUACUAGGUUAGGAGAAAAGAAUAAAUUAAUAGGACACCAACACCUUUAUUUGUAUGCAUAA